CCAGAAUCCAGUCCUCGACCCCAUCCCAGACUUUAUAACUCGUCCUCACAACUCCCAAACAUUCAAAAGCUCCCUCUUCGCCACCCACUCUCUCCCUUAUCUCCACCUCACUCACACCUCCUCUACCCCGCGAGGUCUUUUUCCAGGAGCAGUGUAUGCUCUUUGCCCGCGCCCUUCGUCCUCUGACGACCCCUCUUCGCUCCACCCACACCUUCUUACUACCCCUCCGCCCCACCAUGUCGAUGGCCAACUCCAAACCCGACAUCCCGGCCUCGCCGCCCGCAAAGUGGCCCUCGCCUGAAGACUGGCCGGCGUCCAAGGUCCGCCAGACUUUCAUCGACUAUUUUGUCCAGUGCCCCGGAUUUGAGCAUACUUUCUGGCCCUCGAGUGGCGCAAUCCCCUUUGACGACGACACGCUCCUCUUCGCCAAUGCCGGCAUGAACCAGUACAAGCCUCUGUUCCUCGGAACUGCCGACCCCAAGUCGGACCUGUCCAAGCUCAUCCGCGCCGUCAACUCUCAGAAGUGCAUCCGCGCAGGUGGCAAGCAUAAUGACCUCGACGACGUCGGUAAGGACACAUACCACCACACCUUCUUCGAGAUGCUUGGCAACUGGUCAUUUGGCAACUACUUUAAGCUUGGUGCUAUCACCAUGGCGUGGGACCUUCUGACUCGCGUCUACGGCCUCCCCAAGGACCGCCUCUACGUCACUUAUUUUGAGGGCGACGCUGCGCAGGGCCUGGAGCCCGACCUUGAGGCCAAGCAGAUCUGGCGGGACAUGGGUGUCCCCGAGAACCACAUUCUCCCCGGAAACGCCAAGGACAACUUCUGGGAGAUGGGCGCCACCGGCCCCUGUGGACCCUGCUCUGAGAUCCACUUCGACCGCAUCGGCGGGCGCGAGGCCGCGCACCUCGUCAACAUGGACGACCCGGAUGUCCUCGAGAUCUGGAACAACGUUUUCAUCCAGUACAACCGUGAGACCAACGGCGACCUCCGCCCCCUGCCGGCGAAGCACAUCGACACUGGUAUGGGUUUCGAGCGCCUUGUGUCGGUCCUCCACAACGUCCGUUCCAACUACGACACGGAUGUGUUCACCCCGAUCUUCAAGAAGAUCCAGGAGCUCACCGGUGCGCGCGAGUACCAGGGCAAGCUCGGCGCCGAGGACGAGGGCGAGAUCGACACCGCGUACCGUGUCAUUGCGGACCACAUCCGUACCCUCACCAUCGCCAUCUCGGAUGGCGGUGUCCCCGACAAGGAUGGUCGUGGUUACGUUCUCCGUCGUAUCCUCCGCCGCGGAGUGCGUUACGCGAGCAACAAGUUCAACGUCGAGAUCGGCCAGUUCUUCUCUUCGCUUGUCGACACCACCGUCGACACCCUCAAGGAGAUCUUCCCCGAGGUGACCAAGAAGGUGCCCGAGCUCAAGGAGAUCCUCGAUGAGGAGGAGCAGUCGUUCGCAAGAACUCUCAAGCGCGGCGAGGUGCUGUUCAACAAGUACGCUGAGGCGGCGCUUGCGGACGGCACCAAGACGCUGCAGGGUGUUGACACUUGGCGUCUGUACGACACUUACGGCUUCCCCGUCGACCUUACUCAGAUCAUGGCUGAGGAGCGUGGCCUCAAGAUCGACGAGAAGGCGUUCGAGGAGGCUCGUCUCAAGUCGCUCGAGGCGUCCAAGGCUGGCUCCAAGAAGGCGGCCGCGGGCGGUGUCAAGCUUGACGUCCACGACCUCGGUGCGCUGGAGGCCAACGACGCCGUGCCCAAGACCAACGACGACGCAAAGUACGAGCGCGGCGACGUUCAGGCCAAGAUCAAGGCGAUCUACCAGAACGGCAAGUUUGUCAAGUCUACGAAGGAGCUGUCUGAGGGCGAGGCCUUUGGUAUCCUUCUCGACAAGACCAACUUUUACGCAGAGUCGGGUGGUCAGGAGUACGACACGGGUGUGAUUGCUAUCGACGGCGAGGCCGAGUUCAAGGUCGAGGAUGUGCAGGUGUACAACGGCUACGUGCUGCACGUCGGCACGCUGUCCGAGGGCGAGCUCAAGGUCGACGACGACGUGAUCGCCAACUACGACGAGCUCCGCCGCUGGCCCUUGCGCAACAACCACACUGGUACUCACAUCCUCAACUUUGCGCUCCGCCAGGUCCUCCCUGGCGACGUCGACCAGAAGGGUUCGCUCGUUGCGCCCAACCGUCUCCGCUUCGACUUUUCGCACAACAAGUCCAUCUCCCCGGCUGAGCUCGGCAAGGUGGAGGCCAUUUGCAACGAGUGGAUUAAGAAGGCGUCGCCAGUCUACUCGAAGGAGCUGCCUCUUGAGAUCGCCCGCCAGAUCCCUGGGUUGCGCGCGGUUUUCGGCGAGCGGUACCCGGACCCCGUCCGCGUCGUUUCGAUCGAGUUUGACCUGAACGAGGUCGAGAAGGACCUGUCGAACCCCAAGUGGGCCGAGUCGUCGAUCGAGUUCUGCGGCGGCACGCACGUCCGGAAGACGGACGAGAUCAAGGACUUUGUCAUCAUCGAGGAGGGCUCGAUCGCCAAGGGUAUCCGCCGUAUCGUCGCGGUGACGGGCCACGAGGCCGCGGAGGUGCAGCGCAAGGGCGCCGAGUUUGAGAAGAAGCUCGAGCGCAUCGCGCAGCUCGAGGGCAAGGAGCGCGAGGCCGCGCUCAAGCCCUACAUCCCCGAGCUGGACCAGGGCGGCGUCGCGCUGCUCACCAAGCACCGCUUGUCCGAGCGCCACGCCAAGCUGUCGCAGGAGCUCGCGGCGGCGCAGAAGGCGCAGAUGGCGACGGACCAGAAGGUCCUGACCGACGCGGUCGCCAAGUACUUCGCCGAGAACCCGAACGAGAACGUCUUCGUCGGCGCGUUCGACCUCGGCUCCAACCCCAAGGUCCUGCAGGCGGGCACCGCCGCGGCGACCAAGGCCGGCAAGGCGGCGUACAUCAUCAGCACGGACAAGGCUGCCGGCAAGGUCGCGCACACCAACGCGCUCCCCAAGGCAUCCGUGUCCAAGGCGUUCGACUGCAAGCUCUGGCUCGCCGAGGUGUCCAAGGUUCUUGGGGGUAAGGGCGGCGGCAAGCCCGAGAGCGCGACGGGUGUGGGUUCCAACCUCGACAAGGUUGACGAGGCGGUCGCGGCGGCCACGAAGAUGUACAAGGACAAGGUCGAGGCAUAGGGUAGUAGUAGUAGACCGUAUCUGCAUUAGUGAGGGUGUCAAA